AUCAGUCAGUCGGUAGAAUUUGGAAUGUUUUGUAGCUAAUACCGUCAAUUAAGGCACAUUAUUUUUGUGGAUUAUCAUGAAUGAGGUGCUCGAAGGAGACAAUCAGAAGAAUCCCAACGUUUUAGACACAAGCCAUCUGGUCUUAGGACCGAGACCUCAUUCAGUAGAAAUAAUGAGGAACUUGGAUCUUGAUGAGUCAUUUAUUGAUCCAUUUUUGCAACUUGCACCAUUUUCUGCACGUUCUGAACAACCACAUGACGAAGGUCUUUCAAAAGAAGUGAAUCCAAGAGUUGCACCCAGCCAGAUGAUUAAUAACUUAGCAAUAUCAAUCAAUAAUCUCAAAGCCCAUUUACCAUUUCUGGCCACUCACUUACAAGAAGCUUUAGUUGGGUCAACUACUUCAAAAACUCCAACACAAGGUAACACUGGAGAAUUUCUUGAAAAUGCUACUCAGAGUUUAUUGACUGGGAUUUUCGGUUCUCAAAGCCAGCCACAACAUUCCCCUUCAACUCCCACACCAUUUUUAUCCUCAGUACCGUCUCAUCAUGUACCGAAGCAACAACAACAACAAACUUAUAAAUUUGAACCAGAAAGACAAGAGUUUCCAUCUUUUGAUAAUGCUUACGAACUGAACCCUCAUAUAUGUAGUCGCAGCACUGAACAUUUGCAAAACCAGUUGUUAGAUAUGAAGCACCAGCUACAGUAUUGUCAAGAGAGAGAAAAGAAUAAAGAGCAACUACUUGAAGAAAGUUAUAAUACAACACGACAGUUGCAAGAAAGCGUUACGAAUUUAUUUCAGCAAGUUGGAGAACGUGAAAGUUUACUACAUAAACUAAGUUUAGAAGUGAACAAAUUGAAGAAUAAAUAUGAGGAAGUAAUGAUGGAGCGUGAUGCAUUUCAAAACCAGGCUAAAGAGCUAGAGGAACGCUUUCAUGGUCUACAAAAGCAAUAUCAGAAUCAUACAAACAAUCUGGCUAAAAUGUUGAACCAUUCAGAUUCAGUUGUGAACCGGAUGACGAAAGAAUUUAAACGAACACAAAUGACUAUUGAAGAAAGUGCACGGAAAGUGAAUAGUUUGUUCGGUCAGUUGAAAACGACUCAAGAAAAACUGAGUCGAACAAAUGAACAUUUAAAUGAUGCUGAAAUUAGCAGAAAAAAUUUAAUGAGAGAGCUAGAAGAAUACAGAAAUUCUCAUCACACACAUGAUAAUGAAGUGCACUCAAUGGAAGUUCAAAUCAAUUAUCUACUAAGUGAACUUGGGCAGAUGAAUGAACGUUUGACGGCAAGCCAGAAAGAGUUGACCAAUUCACAAUCAGAAGCUGAAUCUUUGAAGAAACAAAUCAAUGAGACCUUACUCGAAACGAAGCACAUAAAUUCACUUCUUAAUGAAAAACAAAAGAAACUGGAACACUCAGAACAUCAAAUUAUAGAAAUGGAAAAUCAACUGAAUUCGGCUGAUCAGUAUGCACAUUCACUUAGUUCAGCUAAUGAGGAUCUAAUGAGUGAGUUGAAAAAUCGUUCUAAUGAACUGGAAAAAUUACAAAUGGAAGUGAAACAAAGCAUGACGGGAAUUCAAAAUUCAGAACUUAUGAUACAAGAAUUAGAAUUCAGUGUUCAACAAUUGACCAAGCAGCUUGAACAGUCAGAAAUUCUACGUGUUGAAGCAGAAAAAGCAAGUAAUCAGGCUGCCGGUGAAUCAGCUGCUAUUAAAAUUGAGUUGGCUAAAAAAGAAGAAAAAAUAAUAAGUUUGAAGAAUUCUUCAGAUUCUAUAACCCAAAAGCUGAGAUCCCUUGAACAAACAUCCAGUCAAACGGAACAAAUUAUAAAUAAGUAUAUUCAGUCAGAAAUUGAAAAAGAUAAUAUGAUUCAGCGACUUCAGACAGAAAUGGAACAUAUACGUUAUCAGCUUAAUGAAAGUGAAACCGAAUUACAAAGUAGAAGUUCACAAAUUAAAGUCCUUACUCAUGAACUGGAAGCAACUAAAACCAAUCUAUUGGAAUUAACUCUUCACAGAAAUUCAGAAAACCUUGCACGUAAACGCACUGAAGUUAAUUGGACUAAUUGUGCUAGUCAAAGGGGAUGUCUGGAAACUUUUGACUGGAGGGCUAAACGUUUUGGUUACUUGUUAGAUGCGCAAAGAGUCACUAAUAUAACUGUUAGAAAUCGUAUAAAUAUUUUCCGUCGUUCUCCUUAA